AAAUUACUAUGGAAAGCUGUUCAUUUCGGAGUUCGAUUUGUCUUGGUUUGGACAGUGUCUAGUGACUUAGUGGACAGAAAAAUCAUCCAUUCCGUAAUAUCAAGCAUUCAUUCCUUUCAUAAAUUUUACUGAGAAAUAUUACGCAUUCGUGAACUAUUAGGUCCAAUAUCGAAUAAACUGUGUUCGCGGUUGUGGAGUGAACUUUGUGCAAGAAACCAAACUAAGUGGAUUAUAUCACGCGAGUUCAUUAAUUUGGAAUAAAGUUAUAAAGAAGAUCCUGACGAGAUGCGAAUCAAUUUGUUUAUCAUUACACUGGCAGGAUUCCUACUAUGCUUGGCACAAGCACAAAACAAGCCAAGCCCUUUCUCACAGAACUAUGAAGAAGCUGAAUAUGAAACUGAAGCACAAACCCCGGUUGAAUACCGUACGAAACUUUAUAACUACGAACAGGAAGAAGAGACCGAUGACCGAACAUAUAGACGAGAAUCUCAGUUACCAAACCUAAAGAAAAGUGUAGGCGGGGGCAAAAAACGGCCAGGAGAAGAAGAAAUCGAAGAGGAGGAAGAGAAGCCCGAUAGACUAACCCUUCUUCUGGAGCAAUCUCGCUUCGCUUGCGAUGGAAAAACAACAGGAUAUUAUGCAGAUGAAACGCUCAAUUGUGAAGUCUUCCAUUACUGCCAAGACAAUCAACGCCACUCUUGGAUUUGUCCCGAAGGAUUCACAUUCCAUCAAGUUCAUCUAAUUUGUAUGCCACCUACCGGAGAAAAUAUCUGUGAUCAAUCAUCGAAAUAUCACAUUGUCAACGAAUAUUUGUAUAAACCAAUCAAUGUUGCCGAACAUGAAACCAAACCAAACGUUAGUCUCAAAUAUUCAGAAAGAUACUAUCCAGAGAACUUCUACCAAGACGGUCGCCAAGAUUAUGAAGAAGAGGCACCACAACAACACUACCAGCGAACACCAAUACAGGUAGGCUUCAACAGCGCACAAAGGAAAGUAGCAACUCCAACCCCAGCACCGCAAAUAAGCGCCGCUCCAUACCGAUUCUCCACACAACCACCCCAGCAGCAAGUUUACCGGUCACCUGAGGAGAUAAAUAUUUCACUGCAACAGCGAAGACCACAAAUUUAUUUGGCCUCACCAACGCCUAAGUAUACAGAGACCGAUUACGGUUUUGAACAGUAGUUUUGGCAUUAUAAACAGGAAAACAUGUUUUCUAAAAUAUUACAGUCACAAAAGCUUCUAAUUUACAAAUAUUCGUUAAAAUAUGGUCUAGUUUUAAGCUUCUUUUUCCAGUCCUGAUUCUAUGUGUACCUAUUUAUUAUAUUCUCCCUACGGACUAUAAUACGCGAACAAACAUGACAGCAAAAUUAUUUUCCUUUUUUGACUUCAGGAUAGUCAUUGUGAUAGGUUAAGAUACACAAAUAAAGUAUGUA